AUCCGUCCAAGCCGCAAAAUUACCAUGGGCGAUGCUUCUCAGGAUAGCAAGCUUCAGAAGAAGGAUAAAGGUCAGGGCCUUUUCAGGACGAUCAAGAAUAUGAAAAUCACUUCAUCCCAUGGCCGGAAAGAAAUGCAACCAGCGGGACCACAUGAGCUACAAAGGCAGCCAGUAUCACCCAAAGCAAAUGGGUCUGCACGCCGACCUUCUUUCUCUAUGACCAGACAGCCUACAGACCAACACCCACUGCCUUCCGAGAUUGAGCUCGAGAAAGCCCGCCAAGAAGGGCGGGUUUUAGAGAGGGGACUAAGCCAAGAGAAGGUGAAUGGGAUAUAUUCAGAUCCCAGACCACCUACCCCGCCGCCUCAUGAUGUCCCAAAGCCGGGUGCGGGAGCGACGGUACGACAACCGGCCAGCGCAGCCCAGAAUGCAUCUAAGCUUUCUUCUAUGGUGGAUAUGGGAAUGGCGGCGCCGUCGCAACUGCCAGCUGGUGCUCAGCCUCUACGCCCAGUCGCAGCAUCCCAACCAGUCUACUCAGUCGCCACGCAAGAGAUGAACACGCAUUCAUUGGAGGAGCAGCUUGAAAAAGCUCACGCAUAUCAGAAGAGUCUCGAGAGUGAACGAGACGAUGAAAAAAGGCGGGCAGACACAUUCUCUGUGUGGUAUGAGCAAAUGAAGACACAGAAAGAGAACCAGGAGAAGGAGAGGAGAAGGUUGGACAAUGAAUUGUCCUCCGCCAAGAGAAGACUUGCAGAGAUUGAGCCACAAGCGGCAGCAGCAAAGUCCAUGCAAGAGAACCAUCAGCGAGCCCUCGGUGAUAGAGACCUGCGCAUCCAAAGACUGCAAGCCGAGGUAGAAGGACUCCGCAGCGCACACGAUCGCGCAGUGGGAAACGCCACGCAGCUACACGAUCAGAACCUCGAACUCCAACAAGACCUCAGGAGGGGUAAAGAGACCUUCAACGCCGUCAGCAAGGAACUCCGCCAGCUCCGCUCCGAUCUCAAGAGCAACUUAGACGACAAAUACUUUAUCGAGCAGUGGAACGAUCUACACUCCAAGAUCCAAAAUCUCACCAAUCAAUAUUUCGUCGGCCGCUUAUCACGGUCCACCGGCUCGGUGCUAACACGCGCGAAAGGCUCACGUGUGGACAAGCUGGACAUACAGCCAUCCAAGAGGCUGAUGUUUCUCACUCGAGAACACGCGCAAUACAUUGGCUCUGAGACGCAUCGACCGCUCAUUAUCCAAGCAUUCAUCUGGUGGAUACUCAAUAACAAGGUCUUUGACCAUGCGAACCGAUGCUCAGAAGGCCUGUACUGGGCCGGCGACAUGCGCCAAACCCUCGCCAGUCUCAAGGCGGAACUGCGCCCUGUCCGCAAGAAAGACUCACCCCGAGACGAUCCCGAUGCCAAACGCGUGGAAGCCGAGGCGAGAAUCUUCCACAAAUGGCGCGCGACGACAGGAUCCUGGAGCAUGAUACUAUGGACCUCGUCGACAACAUCAUAG